AUGGCCCACUACGAACUGGCGCUGCACAACCAGAGCCAGCCGCUGAACAUGGACACCAAGAUCCAGCAGGAGGGCAAACCCUCGUUCUGCAUAGACUCGCUGCUGUCCAGGACCGAACCCCAUUCUCCGGCGACCUCCAGAAGCAUAUCCCCCGGCUCGACGAGGUCUAGAAGCCCCCCGAUUUCCCCGGGCAGCGAAGACCUGCCAACGACUGCCUUCGUGCCUCGGCCAGGGCUGCUCAACCACAUCUACCCUAAUGGUGGGGGGUUCUACGGGUACCAGGGGCACCAUCAGGGCCAGGGGUCUGCUUUUCAUUCGCUGGACGCGUCUGGUAUGGUGCAGAAGGUGCACUUGCCUGUGGGGCAUCAUGGUCAGAACCAUUUGCACCAGAUGCAGCUGGAGUGGUUCGCCAGGACGGGGAUGUUCUAUCCGAGGCUGCCGGAUUUGAGUGGUUGUGGUCCAGGACAUGCGUUGCUGGGCAAAACCAGACGACCAAGGACAGCAUUCACCUCUCAGCAAUUGCUCGAGCUGGAGAAGCAAUUUCGACAAAACAAGUACCUGUCUAGACCCAAGAGAUUCGAAGUAGCAACGAAUUUGAUGUUAACGGAAACUCAAGUGAAAAUUUGGUUCCAAAACAGGCGAAUGAAGUGGAAGCGUAGCAAAAAGGCACAUCAAGAGGCGAAAUCCUCGAAGGAACCGGAACAGAAAACACCCCCCUCCACUUUGAAUUCUACCCCCGCCACUUACAAAUCCACUUCCUCCAUUUCCAGUUCGGAGAGUGCGGAAAGCCAAGUUUCCGUGGAAACCACCCAGGAGGUCAGGAAGAUCCAGGAAAACGAAUCUCUGUACAGACCUUACGUAGUUUAG